AUGACCAACCCAGUCCUAUCACCACUAAACAAAACAACUCCAUACCUCAGUGUCCCUCCCAGUUGGGACAAGCCGACACGGCGCCCGGUCAUCUGGAUCAAUGGCUGGCCGGCCGUCGGCAAGGCGUCAGUGGCAGGUUUCAUCAAGACGCUGCUGGGCAUCUCAGAGGUGGUGCUGGUCAACGAAGACGGCGAGGACGACCUAUCGGGCGGGUCGGCGGUCGAGCUCGACCAGCACGCCCGGUGCGCCGACGACCCUGCCGCCGAGGAGGACCCGCUGGCCCGCGCCCGCCGCAACGCCGCCAUUUGCCGCUACAUACUCAGCGAGGAGAGCCUAUGCCGAACCACCGUCUUCACGGCGUGCCAGCCGCGCACCCGCAAGGGCCAGUGGAUCGCCGCCGAGUACGCCGCCGCCGCCAGGGCGGCCGACAGGCUGUUCAUCCCCAUCAACCUGACCUGCAGCGAGCAGGAGAACAUCCGCAGACUGGGCCGGCAGAGGGAGUGCUCCGUCAACCCGGAAAAGGUGCUCAAGGACCCGAACCUACUGGUGGCCGUGCGCGAGGCCGGCCUUUUUGAGUUUACGCAGGAAGUCGCCGCCACCACCGCGCCGUCGCAGAGGCCGCAACUGAUGAGGAGCUUUCACACGACCGACCUGGUCCGCGUGGGCGACACGGGAUACUGUGAGGUUUCGGAAUCUUCGGCCAAGGCCGAGGCGGGCGGGUCUCGGCGGUUCUGCCAAGCCAAACCAUACCACGAUAGGGAGGAUCCAGCCUCGAUGAUGCUCACACUGGAUGUCUCGCGCAUGACAUCCAUGCAGGCCGGCUUCUCCAUCAUCUCACACGUGCAGGACAUGGAGAAGCGGAGGAUGUGCCGCGUCCGUGCUGCCGAGCUCAAGGAGGCCGCCUUGCAGCUCAAGGCUCAAGCGAUGGCCCAGAGCAAAAAGUCAUUACGCGAUGCUAGCCAGCUGGACUCGCACCUGUGGAUCACAAGGCCUAGGAGCGCGCUUUCUUGA